GGAUGAGUCAAACCUGCGUCAGACUUCGUCGUGACUUUCCAUAGUAAUGUUUUUUUUUUUUUUAAAUCAUUAUUAUUAUCUCGCCCCACAACACGGCUGAAAACCACGUGGAAAUCAGAGGCGCGAGUGAGAGAAAGUCGUUUGAAGAGCAUCCGGAACAUCAUCCGACAGGAGAAGUGAGACAAACGGAGGCAAUAGGAGGUUAACCGCAGUUUUAAGCGAGGGAACUUGUGGCUGGCGCUGAGCUCCUGCGUCAGACUUUACGCACCGUGUGCUGUGCGCGGCUGGAGGCUCUCCGUUGAGUUUGCAUCUAGCAGCGCGUAGAAAUGCUGCAUGCAGAGACGGUGGCUGAAUGAACGCAGCACACAUUCACCCAGGAUUCAUGCAGCCACACCGACCAGAUUCGCAGACCGCAAAGAAGAUUUAGGAAAAGCACAACUUUCUCAUCUCGACACAGUCCAACUUGGCCGCUCUCCUGCCGGACGUUCUCCUCUUCGUUCCCCGUCGUCAGCCUCCCCUCUGAAGGAGCUCCGUUGUUCCAGCAGCCAUGCCAAAAAACACCAAGGUGACUCAGCGGGAGCACAGCAAUGAGCCGGUCACAGAGUCCGUGGCUGACCUUCUGUCCCUGGAGCACCCCAUGGACUAUAAGAGCAGUCAGAUGAGUAUGGGUCUGAGUCCCGGAUCCACCGCCCCAGGAAGGUCUCUGCUCCCCGAGCAGGAUGCCGAGGACGGCCGGCCGGCGUGGAACAACAAGCUGGAGUACAUCCUCGCUCAGGUCGGCUUCUCGGUUGGUCUGGGAAACGUUUGGAGGUUUCCCUAUCUGUGCCAGAAGAACGGUGGAGGUGCAUACCUAGUGCCCUACUUCAUCCUCCUCAUCCUCAUCGGCAUCCCCUUGUUUUUCCUGGAGUUAGCAGUCGGUCAGCGGAUCAGGCGUGGCAGCAUCGGGGUGUGGAACUAUGUUUACCCUCAGCUGGGGGGCAUCGGCGUUUCCAGCCUCAUGGUCUGCGGCUUUGUUGGCCUCUAUUAUAACGUCAUUAUCGGCUGGAGCAUCUUCUAUUUCUUCCAGUCGUUUCAAUAUCCGCUGCCAUGGGCCGAAUGCCCCAUCAGGAAAAACGGAACCCAAGCCAUUGUGGAGCCAGAAUGUGAGAAGAGCUCAGCCACCACCUACUUCUGGUACCGCCAGACUCUGAACAUCACCAGCACCAUCGAUGAAACCGGUGGCCUGAACUGGAAGAUGACCCUGUCCCUGCUGGUGGCUUGGAUCUUGGUCUGCCUGGCCGUCAUCAAGGGCAUCCAGUCCUCUGGGAAGGUGAUGUACUUCAGCUCUCUCUUCCCGUACGUGGUGCUCUUCUGCUUCCUGGUGCGAGGCUUGAUGCUGAAGGGCUCGGUGGACGGCAUCGCUCACAUGUUCACUCCCAAGUUGGAGAAGAUGUUGGAGCCGCAGGUGUGGAGGGAAGCAGCGACGCAGGUCUUCUUCGCCCUCGGCCUGGGCUUCGGAGGCGUCAUCGCGUUCUCCAGCUACAACAAGAGGGACAACAACUGCCACUUCGACGCAGCUCUGGUUUCCAUCAUCAACUUCGUCACGUCCAUCUUGGCCACUUUGGUGGUGUUUGCUGUGCUGGGCUUCAAAGCCAACGUCAUGAAUGAGAAGUGUGUUGUCGAUAACGCAGAGAAGAUUCUGGGUUACCUGAACACAGGUGUGCUGAGUAGGGAGCUUAUUCCUCCUCACAUCAACUUUUCCCACCUGACAGCUCAGGAUUACUCAGAGAUGUAUGGAGUCAUCAAGACGGUGAAGGAGGACAGCUUUGGCCAGCUGGGUCUGGACCCCUGCCUCCUGGAGGACGAACUUAAUAAGGCGGUUCAGGGGACUGGCCUGGCCUUCAUCGCCUUCACCGAGGCCAUGACACAUUUCCCCGCCAGCCCCUUCUGGUCUGUCAUGUUCUUCUUCAUGCUGAUCAACCUGGGUCUGGGAAGCAUGAUCGGAACCAUGACCGGCAUCACCACGCCCAUACUGGACGCCUUCAAGAUCCGAAAGGAGAUCCUGUGCGUGGUUUGCUGCAUAAUAGCCUUCCUGCUGGGCUUGCUGUUUGUGCAACGUUCAGGGAACUACUUUGUCACCAUGUUUGAUGACUACUCUGCUGGUUUGCCCCUCACUGUGGUCGUGAUCCUGGAGAACAUCUCUGUAGCUUGGAUAUAUGGCACUAAGAGAUUCAUGCAGGAUCUGGAGGAUAUGCUUGGUUUCAGACCAUACGCCUUCUACUACUACAUGUGGAGAUACGUGUCCCCGGCCAUCCUGGUGGUGCUCAUUGUUGCAACCGUCAUAGAGAUGUCUGUCAGUCCUGCAGGAUACAACGCAUGGGUGGAGGAAGAGGGCUCAGAGCGUUUCCAUAGCUACCCUCCAUGGGCUUUAGCCAUGGCCUACGCCCUCAUCGUGGUCGCCAUGCUGCCUCUGCCCAUCGUCUUCAUCGCCCGCCACUUCAACUUGGUCUCCGACGGCUCCAACAAGCUGUCGGUCUCCUACCGUAAAGGCAUGAUGAAGGAUAUCUCCAACCUGGAGGAGCAGGACGAGCAGCGCUUCAUCCUCGGCAAGAACCCCAGUGAGGUUCCCUCCCCCAUGCCAGCCCACCGCGCUUAUCUUGGGCCCGGUGGCACCCAAGAGAUGACCAACACCAACUACGGCACCAGCACCAAGACUGGAUACCAGAACAUUGGCUCGCCCGAGUCUGAGCUAUGAUCUAAUGAGCUCCAACGUCCUCCUGCUUACAAACGAAGCCCUCUCAGCUAGAGGAGAGGGAGAUAGAGAAGGUGGAAAAAAUUCAAUUGCAGCAUUCCUCACACCUUAACCUCCAGAGAAAAAAAAAUAGAGAAGCACACAGAAAACAGCUUGUGAUAUGACAGUCAGAAAAUCAAGCCUGAUCUUUUGCUCAGUGAACACGCCAUGACAACACUUUUAAGUGUGGAAGUUGUUACUGUGGGAAGAGGAUUAGCAUAACCCCACCCCUGACAAUUUUUGAAAAAUUUUGGCAAAGUGGGUCGAGCCAAGAGACACAGAGAGGCGGGCCGAGUGUGGCGAUGAGCAGAGGGGGUUAGCGGAGUUGUGGUCAGGACAAAAGAAGCACUGUUGUUAACUUAUAAACUAUAUUUAGUGACUUUCCAGACACCUAUAGCAACUUUUUAUCAAAAGACCAUCCUGCAGUACACCAUCACCAGUAGUCAGAGCAGAGGAGACCCACUCCACUCUGUGUCUUCAUUGCAAACAAGUCACACAAUCGCAAAUCUGAGUAACUGUAUCGAUCGAAGCUCGCCGCACUAUUCCAACUCCUAACUCACCACCAGGUGGGGCUGUGUGUCUGAGUGAGAUGGUUUUAUACCCAAACGGAGGGUUGUGUGAUGAAAAGCCAUACCGCUGUAAACAAAGAGGAUUAUUCAACUGCUUAAGCGCUGUUCGACCAAAAAGGACCAGCAGUGAGGUGGUUUUAGGCAAAAUAAUGCGGAACUGAAAAAAUAUGCACAAAACUGUCAAAGUUUAUCAGCAAUAAAAAUGACUUGGGGGGUGUGUUACAAUUUAAGCAUCCUCUCUUUAAAAAUAAAGAGAGGAGAAACACAAAUUUAAGCUGAAUUUAAAAAUAAUUGUACAACUUUCUAUGUAGAAGACCAGGAAAGCUUUACAGAGUACUGCAAUGUUUCUCUGUUUCAAUCUUUUGAUACCUUACAGUCAGGAAAUGCCACACGUGGAAAUACUGACAGCCUGGAAAUUUAAGAGUCAAGAGUUUAAAUUCCCUAGAGGAAGACUGUUUUUCGUAUGCUACCACCACUACUUGCUAAUAUCCUGUGCUUGAACAGAAAUGGGAAUUGGCUAAAAUCUGAGCAGAAAUAAGCUGCAAAAUUCAGAUGGGUGCAUCUCUAUAUAAACUCUCUCUGAGGUUAAGCAGUGGGCAAUGCUACAAUGCUUUGACUGGUACAGAACUUGAAAUGCUUUCAGGAAUCAGUUUGUGCUUUUGCUGAUUCACUGAAGAGGAUUGUUGCUAUGGGAAUAGGAUUGAAGGAGACUUAGAAAAAAAAUCAUCCUUCAUCUGAUAAGUAUCAGGAAAAUGUUCAUGUGGAAACAAAAGUGGUCAAACAUUCAUCCGUCACAAUAUCUAGUGCGAGAUUCUGGUAGUGUUACAAGCACAUUAUAGUUUGGAGUUUUUCGUGACUAUCACGCAUCAGCAAUAAUAACAGUGCUCAUUGAAUCACAAAUCUCCUUCUAUCUCUAUUUCCCCUUCUAAUGUACAUUCGAACACUGUAUAUAUAUGUUGUGCAAUAGUUGGAGACCCCCCAUGCAUACACACUGCAAUAGAGAAGAAAGAGGGGUUACCUUAGCCCCUCGUCAUUUCUACAAGCACAGAAUCACGGACACCUGCCAUGUUUAGAGCAUCUCUGAGCCUUAACACUUGUCUUUUCAACAGUGUUCCUCCUCAUUGAGCAUGGCGUGACUUUUAACGAAUGGUUUAGGAUUGCGGAUGAGCCUCUGCUUUAAGGAAGCAGACAGGGACAGGAGCUCAGUGUUCACGUAGAUUAGAUUUGUAUGUCUGUGUGCUGUCUGCCGCUGAAUUAGAGCUCCUGGCAUACCUGCCUGUUUAAAAAUAGAGCAGCGUUACUCAGGGGAAGCCGUGGCAACAUGCACCAUAGAAACCGAUUCUGAUCUGAUGUGGAGGAGGAGCGGUGGCGCGGACACUUUGCUUUGUCUGCUCCACCUGCACAUCUACCCGUGCCCUACAUACAGUCCUCACCAGUGUUGUUACAACGCACUGACUACAUGUGGUUCACUGCCAUGCUUCUGUGGACCAGUCACACUUCAUUUCUGAGAGGAUGAGAUUUGGGCUGAAGUCUUGUACAUUCCUCUUAUUGUGGCGACAUAAUUUAAUCAGCACUAGAAGCUACACUUUUUGUGCUAUCCAAAGUGUGAAAAUAAAGCCUUUUUUAUUUUUGAUGUAGAAUCUUGAAAGACAGUGGAAAUGUAAUGUGAUAUUAAUGUUUUAGAUAAGUGGUAGUACCUGGAUUUGGCCACUGGAUGUCACUGCUGGCCAGCAGAGGAACCAGUGGUGUUAUUUUGUCUGUGGCCCCUCCCUGUGAAAGCGCCGGUACCUGAGGCUGCCUCCAGAAAGGGAGUGAAGCAGAAUCAGAGACAUUUGUUUGGUGUCUGAGCAGCAUCUGUGUCGUCUGCCUUAUGCUUUUUCUCGUUUGAUCUCUGCUGUUUUCUUUGUUUGCAACAAUGUUUUGUCUCGUUCACAUGAGCACUUUAAUUAGAUUCAGACCCUGGAGUUGUUUGUUAAGCACAAAUUUGAGAAUAUACUUAUGUAUGUAUUUAUUUAUUUAUUUUGGGAUUAUAUUAAUCAAAAACAAAAAAAAGCGCAGAAUGAAUGUCAAGAACAAGCACAGGAAAUAAGUGGUGAAAAUCUUUGAAUUUUAUUGAUUUUUAGUAAAACAUGUUUUUGCAAGAAAAUCGUCUAGAGUUAAUAGAUGUUAUACACUCGUGUAAUAACUAUGAUUCCUUUACCAUUCUGUCACAAUAAGCUCUAAUUUAUGUUGUAUUUAAGCCAAAAUAUGGAGUUUUUGCAGCAUAAUUGUAAUAUCUGCAACAUUUCCAUUGAUUCCAAGCCACUUAUCCUGUUACAACACAAUGAAAUGCUAAAGUUUCUCAAAGGACUCCCCUUAAACUUUCUUUAUCUUUAUCUGUCAGGGUAAAUAACAAUAACCUUUUAUGACAUGUGAAUGGAGCUAUUAAAUAUGCUUGUGGUUCUUUUUCUGACAAUUUCAGGCAACUUACAAGGCACACUUUUCCUAAAUGGCACCUGAAACCAAGGCACACAUCUGAAAGUGCAGCUUCAGCUUGAGGUCAAAGCACAUUUUAGGAUAGCACAGAACCGUGGGCCUGCAGGAGUUAUUAUGUCACAAUGAGUGAAAUUUUAAGUUGUAUCUCUGAUCCUGCAGUCAGAGGGUGUUGGUUGGUGAACGGACAUUUUGAUUGUCUACUUUAAAUCCAGCAUCCUGCAAAAACACUGAGAGCACAGCUUCACAAUAAAACGCACUGCCAUCAAUAAAAGCAACAAAACUGCCCUCUAAUGUCUAAUAUUGGUCAGAGCACCGUCCCAGCUACCCGCCACUGAUGCUGGUAUUAUAACCAGUGAUCUAUGUAGAUUUUGCUUUAAACAUUUACAAAGAUGUCUAAGGCAGAAAAAGCUGUUAUCUGUUGUUGAUAAUGAAUAGGAUUGAAAGCAAAGACUCCAGGGUCUCCUCGUCUUGUCCACAUGUCUGCUGCAACUUCUGGAGUUCAUCUCAGCUGAGUCACCAACAUGAAGCUGACAAAGACAUAGUACCAAUAAAUCUAUUUAAAUGUGCAAAUAGUCUUCAUGUGACCAAAUAUAGUUAUAUUUAUAGUAUUUAAGAUGAUGUAUUUAACCUGUACAUAUUGAUGUACAUUCUGAUAAAGUCACACUGAGUAUCUAUGGUGAGAGUGACAGGGUGUAUACUUGAGCUGUAAAUACUUGUAUAUUCUCAGAUAUUUUUUGGAUUUUUUUUGUACUGUCGGUACUGUUACAUUGGUGUCUGUUGGUUUCAGGUGUUUAUGUGUGUGGUUGUUGUUGAUAAUAAAAACCGAGCGCGUGUGUGUUUAUGUGCGAGAGUGAGCAACAGGGAGCGUCAGAGUGUGUGUGAAGUGAAAAUAUGUGUUGGUUUUUGGUGUUUUUCGCUCUGUGUUUUUCUCCUCCUUCAGUGUUGUGUGCUGCUUAUCUAAAACCAGUACAUGAAAUCUAAUGUCAUUGCGGUGGAGCGGGACCACUGACGUUUAAGCAAUCUCUUCUCUGUGUUUUUCACUCGAACUGUGAUGAAGUCCAGCGCAAAACUGGGAAUGUAAUCAGGAAGACAUGUAUGACUGUAACAAUAAGACAGGAACUUUAACUAAUUUGGUGGAUAGAGUGACUAUAGUGUAAAAACACUGUGGAGUGAAGAGGAAAUUAAAAUAACCACUUUUAUUGAACAGUGCGUUUUGUGUGUCUGUUUUAUUCCAAUGUUUAAAUGUAUUUUUUUUAUUUAAACUGUAAUGUUUCAAAUACAAAGAGAACAAAAUAAAACGAGGAUUUCAAUGUUCCCAUCUUGUGUGGGUGUUAGAUAAGCUAAUUAAUAUCAACAAUAGGCUUGGAAAAGCUUUUCUCUUUCAUCUGACAUUAAAUCAGACUGAAGUUUCCUGUUUAAGUCACUUCAGAUUAGAAGUUUAUGAAAAUGAUCUUUUCCUGAGAAUAAUUGGCUCAAAAUUUCCUUUGGAGAAAAUCCUCGAGCUUGAUGAUGCACUGGAAAAAAUGGAUUUUGAUUCUUAAUCCACAGCUUUUCUAAAAUAAAAAAAUUAUUUAAAAAAACUAAAAAAAAAACUUUUAAGUGUAAUUUUAUUGCACUUUACUUUAGCAAUAUUUUUGUAAUGUACCACUGCCUUUACUUGAGUAAAAUUUCUGUCUUCUCUACCAACAAUGACUAACUCCUUUGAAUGAAGAAGAAGCACGCUGUCACCAAAAGUGCACCAGAUGCAGACAAGCCUACAGUUUAUGUCAAAGUGAGACUUCUUUUUUGUGCACAAGCUUUGUCUAAUUAAAGGCUGUAAAUACAACAGAGCUGUUAUGCUAAUGCUGUAGAUAUAAAGUCAUUAAUCUGAGAUAUCGUCACAAAAAUACAAUACAAAACUGCA